AUGGCAAUCGACAUAUACAGCGCUAAUAAUACAAUGAAGAGAUUAAUUGACUUAAAUUGUUUUAAUAAUUAUGAGCGAAAUCGUCUAGAUGAAUUAUUUAGUCUAUCAUUAUUUGACAAAUCGUACCUGGAUGAACCUAAAUUCAUACAUUCAGAUGUUAGUGACUUUAAAUAUCAAUUAGUUGUUAGCGCCGAUUACAUAAUGAAGGAAUCUGUUAAAAAGUUUGACCAAAAUAUGGCUAAAUUUGUUAAUAAUAUUCAACCCUUAAAAGCAUUUCAAAAUAUAUGUUUUAAUGACAGAAUCGCCAUGAUCAAAUACGGCUGCAUAGAGAUUAAUUUGCUAAAAACAUGCUCAUUUUAUAAAUAUGAAAUAGCCGGAUGGUAUCUCCCAUUGCGUGAAUAUAAUAAUUUUUGGGUAUGUGUGCCGUUGGAUACAAUCACAGGCCUAAAGAAUAACGUGAUUAGUCUUUUAAGUAUAUAUUUGAACACUUUUGUCACCGAAUUUGACUCCGAUAUACAUAUCAUUGAAUUGUUAAUGCCAUUAAUGCUAUUCAACCCCGAUCGACCAAACAUAAUAAACAGGGAUGUUAUCGAACAACAACAACAGCUAUACCUGUAUUUACUUCGAAAAUAUUUGCGUAUAAAAUAUGGCAACGAUUUUGACGACAAAAAU